AUGUCUAGUAGCAAUUAAUAGGAUGAAUCCUACGAUGAAGAGUAAGAAGACGAUGAAGUUGAAACUGUUUAGGAAAAUGGUUUAAAAUAGUUAUUCAAAAACCAAGAGUAAUUCAUGUAAUAAAUCAAUUAUCUCAAUGAACAAGCAGUGAUUAAAAUUAAACUCUAAAAGUUCAAAGAAGCCAUGAAGUUACUUUAAUAAUCAGAAUAAAUGUUGGAAUAUGCUGCAAGUUGUGGCAAAACCAUAGAUAAAAACUUAAUUAUCGUUGUUCUCUACAAUUAAGCAUGUGGAUAUUAGUGGUACAAAAAAUAAACUAUAUUUAGUUAAUGGGUUUUGGACAAAUGUUCUAAAUAUUUAUCUGGAGUGAUUUAUAAUAUGGAAGAAAGCAUGAAAGAAGAAGAAUAGGAUACAAACAAUCUUGCAAGCGCUUAAGAAAGUGAUGCCUCUUUAGUCAAAAAGAAAGCCUUUCUAGCAAGGACACUCUUACAACACACAGCUAUCUUGAGUCAAUUAGGAAAACAUAAAUUAGCAUUACAAUCUGCUAGAAAAGCAGCUAGUACAAUGAGGGAAAUAUUUAAGAUAGCUUCUCAAUUUUGUAAGGACUGGUUAAACAAAAAUGGAUCCCUGGGAUCAGCAACAACUGCCAAUUCAACUCUAACAACGAAGUCAAAAUAAAAAAAUAAUAAAUUCCAAAUGAAAGAUGAAGUAGAAUUCAGUAGAUUAGUUAUUGAUGCCAGUAAAGAUAUUCUCUAAGAUUUGUCAAAGUAAUAAGAUUUAGAUAAUAUAUCUAAUAAUGAAUAACUGAUACUUAGAGAGGCUAAGAGAUAGUUAUAUUUCUGGAGAAACAAUCCAGAAAAUAAUGAAAAACAUAUUCGUAAAGAAUUGAGAUUAGAUCAAAAGGAAGAUGAUUAUCGUUCCAUCCUUGGAGUUCAAAAUGUGCAGGAGUGGAUUCAAACCUUCAAUAUUGGUUUCAUCAUGCACAUGACUCCACAAAUCUAUGAAGACUUCUCAUCGCAAGGAGAAAUGCUGUAUGAGAUAUCCAAGAGAUUGUUGCUGGAGAAAAUCAUUUAUUUAUCUAUAUCCUACUUCACCAUUGCAACUGAACUAAGGUUUAUUGAAUUAGAUAAAGCUAAACAAUAAGGAAUCAAAGACAUUAAUACUGACGAGUUUAAAUUAAGCGAAUUAUAUCAUCUCAAAGCAGUUGAAAUUGCUUGUAAAAACAUUACUUGCUCAUCUCCUUAUAUUAAUCAUUUAAUCACAAGUUAUCACAAACAUUAUAACUCUAAUUUAGAUACUAUAUAAGAAGAAUCUAUGAUGUCUAUGGUAUCAGAAGUGAAUUACAAAGAAUAAAAAUUAUAAAAACUGAAAUAGAUGUAAAUUCAAACCCAAAGAGAAAAUCAAUCUAUUCUCAAAAAUUUAGCAGAAGUAAAAUUAAAUGAUUCAUCUCCAUCUGGAAAAUUUGUAAAUUCUUUUUUAAAUUAAUAAUCUCCAUUAAAAAAUAAUCGAAAUAUCAGUGAUAAUGUAAAACCAUAAACUAGUCUGAUGGAAUAGAUGAUAAUUAAUAAAAGAAGAUAAUAAAUGCCAUCAGAUAUGUCUCCUAAAUAAAAGAUAUCGUUUUUUAAUGCAACAUCAAACAAUAGUUGUGAAAGAAUUAAUGAAAAACUAUUGAAGACAUAAGAAACUUUGCCAAUUUAGCUAUAACCCUAUAAAUCAGCUAAAACAACUUUUAAUAAUCUUAUUAAGCAAAAUUAAAACUCUUAGGCUUCAUCUAACCACAAUAAUAAUGGACUUUUGAAAGCAUUUUUUUUUGAUAAUUGUAGAACUGAAAGAAUGAAUGCAAGUUCGAAUUAGUCACCCAGGAGAGUAGGGAGGUCUCCUGAAAAAUCUCCAGAUAGAUCUUAAAUUUCCUUAAAACCUAGAAAUUCUGUUUUGGGCAAUAAAACUCCAUAAAAUAGACCUAGAACAGACACUGAACAAUGUAAAUAUUAAUAACUAUUCAAAAGAAUGUCAUAUUAAGUUUGA